GAAGCCAUCGAUGGUAAUAUCGAUAGUACGCCAUCUCUCCACGCCUGCUAUCGAUUCAAUUGCUGACCCAUUGGCUAUCGGUACCGACAACACCGGCUGUAAAUAAAGUACAUGACGGGACCAGGCCACCAGCACAAGUCGAAGCAAAACCAAAAUAAAACAAUUUAAGCGAACGGAGCAGCCGGUGGCCCCAGUUUAUCCCUUUCAGUUCCCCUUAAAAAAAAGAAACGUUGAAAUGGUGUUCUACUUCAAAAGCAACGUAGUGCAGCCGCCGGCGAUGCUCUACAUGGGUCGCGAUAAGCACGAGAACGAGGAGCUGAUCCGCUGGGGCUGGCCGGAGGACGUGUGGUUCCACGUCCACGACCUGUCCUCGGCCCAUGUGUACCUGAGACUCCGCAAGGGUCAGACCAUCGACGACAUACCCAGCGAUGUACUGGUGGACGCCGCCCAGCUGUGCAAGGCCAACAGCAUCCAGGGCAACAAGGUGAACAACCUGGAGGUGGUCUACACCAUGUGGGAGAACCUCAAGAAGACCCCGGACAUGGAGCCCGGCCAGGUGGCCUAUCACAACGAGAAGGCCGUCCGUCGCAUCCGCCUGGAGAAGCGCAUCAAUGAGAUUGUGAACCGCCUGAACAAGACCAAGACGGAGGAGGAGCAUCCCGACUUCCGCGGGCUGCGAGAGGCCCGCGAUGCGGCCGAGCGCCAGGAUCAGAAGAAGCUGCAGCGCGAGCGCCGUGAUCAGGAGAAGGAGGCCGCCAAGCAGCGGCAGCUGGAGGCGGAGCUGCGCAGCUACGCCUCGCUGCAGAAGAGCGAGAACAUGCGCACCAACUACGAUGCGGGCAACGAGUCGGAUGACUUCAUGUAGUCGGGACCGAGUCCUGACCGUCCUGGCAUCCCUGCAUUUCCCACAAACAUCUCUCGCUGUCCCCUGUCUUUUUUUUAUUAAAUCAUACGCAAAUCGUUUUGUAAGGAC